AUGGCCUCAGACUCUCAGGUUUUAAUGGAAGACAAAUCUGGUGUUAGAAUCUUCACCCUAAACAGACCAAAGCAACUGAAUGCUCUAAACUCCAACAUGUUAUUGAAUUUUUCCCUUAUCACUCGGUUGACGCAAUUAUUCCUAGCAUAUGAGGAAGACCCUAAUGUGAAACUCGUCAUCCUAAAGGGUCAGGGAAGAGCCUUUUGUGUUGGUGGCGAUCCUACCUGUUUUUCGUGAUAUCAUCAUACAAGGUAUAUAGCACCCUCCCAUCUUUCUUUUCCUGCUUACCUUUCAGCUUCUAAACACUCUUCUCUAUUUUCGAGGAUUAGGAAAGUCAUGGAGAGUCGGUGCCGAUUUCUUCUCAGAACAAUACAAGCUCGACUAUGUCAUGGCCACGUAUAGCAAAGUUCAGGUAUGUUGAAGUGGAAAAGCGAAUAUA